GAAAUAAACGGGACCAUAGAGGAAAAUAUAUUAUGGGUCCUUAGUCCCCUGACCCAUCGACGCACUAAGGUGUCAAGAUUACAUUGGUCCCUUCAGGAAAUUACACCCUGAAAUCAACGUCAGGGUGCCCCAACUUCGAAUGAGAAAGAGAGAGGUAAGGAGAAAAAGCGACCGCCGAUAUGGAUCUCAUAUAAUGCAACAUGAAGAGAAAGACAACCCACCAAUGCCGUUAACUUCAAAAGUGGAUGGAAUCAAACGACUCUAGUGUCAUCCUCCUAACUCUGGACCCCACCAGAAAUCCCCUGAAUUGAAAGCCAGCUAAUCAGAACUCACCCUUUGGAUCAACUUCAGCAGCCCAACCAAUAAAAAUCUGGAUAAGGCCUUGUUGUGGACCAAAAGUGCUUAUGUAUUAACAAUGAAAAAAAAGACUGUUCUGUAGGUCCGUUCAAUCCGCUCCAUUUUCACAAUAAUUGUACCUUAUUUGAAAAAAUUAGUUGUUGGUUUGUGUCCAAUUUUCCGAUGCUUUCUAACAAAAAUGUGGCUAACGCCGUCGGUGGCAAGACGGCAAGGCCUUGCGACAGCUGUAUAAAGAAACGGGCACGCUGGUAUUGUGCCGCCGAUGAUGCUUUUCUAUGCCAAGCCUGUGAUUCUUUUGUUCACUCGGCUAACCCUUUAGCACGUAGGCAUGAAAGAGUUCGGUUGAAAGCGUCCUCGUUUAGGCCCUUAACUGUUGAAGAACGUCUGGAAAACUCUCAACCGUUAUGGCAUAAAGGGUUCACCAAAAAAGCCAGGACACCGCGGCACUCGAAGGGUUCGGUUCUUGAAAAGUCCAAAUUAGAUGAAGAACGACCAAACCGGGGAAAUCCGCUUCUUCUGGUGCCGGAGGUUAGUGUCGAUGAGGUAUUCUGUGAAGAGAACGAGGAAGAACAACUACUCUAUAGGGUGCCGAUAUACGAUCCGUUUGUAGCGGAACUCUGUACUUCUACUGCACCCAAUGAAGCUACUGCUCGAACCAUAAAGGGAAACGAUUCAGAACCAGGAGAUGUUGACGGAAGGGAAGCAAAGACUUUAAUGUCUGCAGGGUGCGAACAAGAUUCCGAUCGAAAACAUGGGUUCUUUCCAUCAGAUAUGGAUAUUGCUCAGUUUGCUGCAGAUGUUGAGCGUUUACUAGGAAAGGGUCUAGACAACGAGUCGUUCAGAAUGGAGGAACUGGGGAUGAUUGAUUCCAAAGAGAAGGAAUUGAAGGAGCGCAGUUUAGGGAGUAGUGGUAAAGUGAAGCUUGAAGAGGAUGAAUGUAAUGAAGCCGUCGAUGUUGAGGCCGAUAUAGCAAGAGAGACUUUUGAGUUGAAUUUCAGUUACGAGUCUCCGGUUACUUGUAGAGAGGAAGAUGAUCACCAGCUGGUAAAGGAAGACAGAACUGAAGGGAAUAGUUCGAAAAAGAAAACGGAGAUACUAUUGAGGCUGGAUUAUGAGGCUGUAAUAACCGCCUGGGCAAGUCAAGGAUCACCGUGGACCACUGGAGAUCGGCCUGAAUUUGAUCCUGAUGAAUGCUGGCCCGAUUGCUUGGGUGGAAAAGGAACAGAAGUUAACCAUGGUUAUGGCGAGCUGAUGGGGAUUGGACCACAUGCUGCGGCAAUGGGGGACGGCGGAAGGGAAGCAAGAGUGUCUAGGUAUAGAGAAAAACGGCGAACAAGGUUAUUCUCGAAGAAAAUAAGGUACGAGGUUCGGAAAUUGAAUGCAGAGAAGAGGCCUAGGAUGAAAGGAAGGUUCGUGAAGAGAGCACCAUUUGCAGCGCCUGCUGCUGGUUUUUCUUUGCUUCGCAGUUAGCUUAAGCACAGUAACAGUACCAUUGAACAUGUGAACUAUACCAUGUACAUGUGAAUUACGACCAGGUAGCUAGUCUUUUUGAAUAUGUUCGCUUAUGAUUGUAAAAUAGUUUGUAGCACUUCCCAUACUCCUAAUAAAAUUUUUAUACCAAC